GAUAAGACAUUAAACAUGGCUGAUGUUUUGUUUGUGUGUAAUGAUUAUGUUAUACGUGUAUUAUUACUUUGUUUAAUUAACUUUCCUGUAUAAUUAUAUGUAUAUGUAUAUGUAUAUAUGGAGGUGUGUGUGUGUGUGCAUGAUGUAUAUAUACAUAUACAUAUAUGUAUAUAUAUAUAUUGCCCGUGAAAAACUUAAAAAAAAAUGAAUGCCACGAGCCUUUAUGUAUCAACGUGUCGAUUAGUUUUACAAGCGGAUGCUGAUGAUCCAAACUCGUGGACAGAUUUGUAUAGGCUGGUACCAUAUUUACGGCAAAGCCUAAGUUGUACUGUGUGCUCAAAUUUGUUAAUUGAACCUCACACACCAACGGAAACUAAUUGUCAACAUCAUGUGUGUCGUGGCUGCAGAGGUGGACGUAAAAAGCUUAAACCUUCGUGUGGUUGGUGCAAGGAUUAUGACAAAUACGUUGAAAAUGUUCAAUUACGAAUACUGUUACAGUGUUAUAAGAAACUGUGCGAAUAUUUGACAAAUACAAACAUUUAUCGAAGCUUGAUACUUUCAGUAUCGUCUAACAAAACAGGUAAUGGUUCGUCAGCUAUCGGUGCUACAAGUCUUAUGGAACUUAUACAAGAAGGUUCGGGCUUCAAAGAUGAAUUUAAAAGUACUGCUGGUCUAUCGAAAUCUGCGUAUAGCAUUUUACCAUGUGUUUAUACAAGUACUACCUCAACUCAAACGCAAGGAAAUACCAUACAAAGUUCUGAAGCAAUAUCACAAAAUAUACCUGAAUCACCUGCUAUACGUACUGUAUCAAAUGGAUCUUCAAUAUAUUCUGUGAUGUAUGCUGGUUCUGGUAACAAAAUAACGAUAAAACGGAAAGCAGCUGCUGCAGAUGAUGCAGACAUAGGACAGCGGGAAACGGAUGGAAAUCCACACAGCUCUGUAGGAGGGGUAAAAUUCCUCAGGCUUUAAAAAACCGAGGUCGAGUUCAGCGCGGAGCAAAAGGAAAGGAUGUAGAUGUGGCAAUGCUACAGCAAUACCUGGAAAAUUAACGU